UCGAUAGAUGGUGCUGCGGUCAAAAGCUUCAGCCCAGAAAAUGGUACUAAGCACGAUCACCACGGAUAGUUUCGUACUAAAAUCCGUAAUGUCAAUGUCAUUUUGUAAGAGCUAUUGUUAUUGUUCAUGCAUACAAUAUUCGUAAGAUAGUAGCCAUUCAAAACGAAACGACGGCGGCAACUUCUUGAAUUCUUUUUUUUCGUGUUGCACAAAAAGCGAGGGAAACAAGGAAACAGGUUACAGUAAGUUGAGCUACACAAAAUGUUGCGAAAGAAAAUUAAGCUUGCAGCGGCUAACAAUCAAAAUGAAUCCGAACCAAAAUCAGAUCCAGACACUAAAUUGGCUAAGCAAUCGCAUCCUAAACCAUCCGACAUAACCUCGCCGUUUUUCGAUUCGAUGCAACUCUGGCAGAAAAUCUACGACAUUGAAUGUCGUUUGAGUGCCGAAUUGAAAACCAUCUCAUUUUUGUCAUCAACCAUAUCGGCUGUUUACAAUCCAAUCGAAUAUGCGGCCGAUUUGCAUUGUGCAUAUUUGAAAAAGUUUUUGAACAAAUCAAAACCGGUUCUAUUCAUUGGCAUGAAUCCCGGCCCAUUUGGAAUGGUACAAACUGGGGUGCCAUUUGGUUAUAUUCCGGCAGUACGAGAUUGGAUGAAAUUGAGCGGUUCAGUUGAAAAGCCUACACAAGAGAUUGCUGUACGUCCGGUCACUGGGCUGUUGUGCGACAAAUCUGAACAAAGUGGUCAACGUUUUUGGGGUUUGAUGGAAGAACUGUGCGGUGAGGCGGAAAAUUUCUUCAAUAAUUGCUACGUCCACAAUCUCUGCCCAUUGGCAUUCUUCCAGGCAUCCGGACGAAAUAUCACACCCGCUGAACUAAAGUCGGAUAAGAAGAAGCAGCUGCAAGACAUUUGCUCGAAAUACUUAAACGAAGCCAUCGAUUUAAUCGCACCCAAAUUGAUUAUCUCGGUUGGUCGUUACGCAGAAGAUCGCGUCAAAGAUCUGUACAAGACGAACAAAAUUGGCAAUCACAUCGAGCACAAGUGCAUUCCGCAUCCAAGUCCACGCGCUUUGAAUAACACCAACUGGAACGAGAAAGCAAAAAAUUGGCUCAUCGACAAUGAUGUCAUGAAAUACAUGAAUGACGCAUAAACCUCAAACUACAAAAAUUUCAACGUGAAACAAAUGUGAUGUCCCAAAACUGUUUCAGAAAACAGUAUUUUUUCAAUUAGUAUUUAAGUAGUAACGAAAAAAAGAAAAUUUCAUUUUUCCAUUUGAGGAAAAAAUUAUUCGCAAACUUAACGUAAAAAUUAUUAAAAUUAGUCUGCAAUAAGCUUUGAGAAAGAAAAAUAGAACAAUGGAUAAAUUUAUGAACGAUGCAUUAGAAAAUGGUCGUAUGGCAAACGAGCAAAAAGAAGUGCCCGUCGGAUGUGUGUUUGUGUAUCGUAAUGAAAUUAUUGCAUACGGUGCAAAUUUAGUGAACAAAACAAAGAAUGCCACACGUCAUGCCGAAUUCAUUUGCAUCGAUCAAGUAUUUGAUUAUUGUAAGCAAAAUCAAUUAGCAUACUCCGAUGUGUUUCAGGAAAUUUCGGUCAUAGUCACCGUUGAGCCAUGUAUCAUGUGUGCGGCGGCCUUAAAUCAACUAAAAGUGAAAGAGAUCAUUUUCGGAUGUGUAAAUGAUCGAUUCGGUGGCACAACUGUACUCAAUGUAUUCGAGUUGCUCCAGUCAAAUGUCACAUUACACGGUGAUGUACGUGCCGAUGAAGCAAUGGAAUUGCUUAAGGAAUUUUACAAAGGUGAAAAUCCAUCCGCACCCAUUUCGAAAAAAAGAAAAUCCUAAACAAAUCCAAUGUCUGUCUAGAGAUAGAAAACGAUAAUUAGAUUGAAAAUGUAAAUGUUUUAGGAUAAAAACAAAUUCAUCUAAAAUAAAAGAGCAUGAUUUUCUAUAAAAUCUAAAAA